AUGGAUAUUGCUUGGGGUGUAUUCACUCUUUUGCAGUAUCGUGCUCAGUCGUUUGCGGAGGUUGCCACCUAUCGCUUUUUCGUAGGGUUCUUUGAGGCUGGAUUCUCUCCAGCUGUACACUAUGUUCUUGGUUCAUGGUACCGAGGCCACGAGAUAAAUAGACGAGGCGGGCUCUUCUAUUCUGGGUAUGGCUUGGGUUCCAUGACGUCCAGCCUCAUUGCUUCCGCUGCAUCAGCAAGGCUCGAGGGAGUUCACGGUAUGGCUGGCUGGCGAUGGUUAUACAUCGUAUGUUUUGCCAUGACUAUCCCCGUUGGAAUCUUGGGCUACUUCCUGAUCCCGGGAACCCUUGCAAAACCCAACAAAAUCCUCCUGAACGAAGAGGAGCUCGAGAUCGCCAGAAAACGACUCGAGCGCGACGGCCACAAGGUCGGGGCCAAGCUAAAAUUCCAUCACAUUAGACAUACCGUUAAGACGACACGGUUCCGGACAGUCGUCCUGAUAGACAUCCUUUGGAAGAGCGCUGGUGCCUAUAAGACACAGAGGGCAUAUCUCCUUUGGAUUAAGAGCUUGAACCGGUACAGCAAUGAUAUAUUCAAUGAACUUGGCUCCAUCGCUCCAGGCCUUGGGAUAGCCUGGGCAUUGAUAGCUUGCUUCGCCUCCGAUCUCCUCAUCGGACCAGUUUGGGCCAUUUCUUUUCCAUCCCUCUGGAACACAGCGAAUGGAAUGUCAGCAGUCUUUCAUGGCUGGGUCAACGCCCUCCUUCGAGAUUCACCCGAAGAGCGUGCGUUUACACUAGUUACUAUCAACACGUUCGCCGAGGCUUUCAGCGGGUUUAUUCCUCUAGCAGUCUUCAAGACAGUUGAGUCACCUACCUUUCCUAAGGGGUAUCCGUUCUGUCUUGCUUGCGCGAUUGGGGUGAUUAUCUUUACACUUGCACUAAACUGUAAGGAGAGAGCGCCGAUCGAGGAAAGUGGGACCAACAUUGAAACUGGAAGUGAACGGGACGGAGAGCAGGUUGCUGUUAGUAUCAACCCUAAGAAGUAG